AUGGCCUGGUUCUUGUUACCAUGGCUCAUUUCGCCCAUUGUUUCAUGCUGCACAGUGGCCAGUGUGUCGCUAUGUACAUCGACGGCCGCAUCCAUGAUGUGUAAAUCGUGCAACUGCCAAUCCUCCAUGGCGACCCGUGUGGGCUAUGCCAUGUUGUUUUGUUUUGAUGCUUUAUUGGCAUGGAUUAGCCUGACGCCCAGUCUUGCUCGAUCGAUAGAGGAUUGGACGUUUCACUAUGUACAGGUCAAGUGCAUCCGACAGGAAACGUGCAUUGGUGUUCUGGCCGUCCACCGAAUUACACUAGCUCUUGCGGUGUUUCAUGUGGUGCUGGGCCUCAUGCUUCUAGAGGUUCGAAACUCACGCGAUCCGCGAGCAUCGAUUCAGAACGGAUGGUGGGGACCCAAAAUUCUCUCAUUGCUCGCUGUGAUCAUGGCUAUGUUUCUCUUGCCGAGUGGGGUUAUAGUGGCAUGGGCUAACUAUGCCGCACCUCUCUUUGCCAUGGCUUUUAUAUUCUUGGGCUUGGUGUUGCUGGUGGAUUUUGCUCAUACGUGGUCGGAGACCUGUUUGGAUGAAUGGGAAAGGCAUGGUAAUGACGUGUGGAAGUACAUCUUGGUGGGAACCACUUUGGGCUCGUAUAUGCUUGUUGCAGUGGCCACGGUAUUGCUGUAUAUAUUUUUUGCCCCGUCGUACUGCACGACGAAUCGUGCCUUGAUUACAUGUAACUUACUCCUGGCAGUGCUGCUCACGGUUCUGUGUGUGCACCCACGUAUUCAAGAGGCCAACCCACGCAGUGGCCUAGCUCAGUGCAGUAUGGUGCUGGCAUACAUGACUUAUCUCCUUGCUUCCGCCCUCAUGAACCGCGGCGAUGAGCGAUGCAAUCCCAUUGCUCGUGGACGUGGUGAGAGUGCACAAACAACGGCAGCUGUCCUUGGUGCCGUAUUCACCUUUGUUGCGAUUGCCUAUUCGACAACCCGUGCAGCGACGCAUUCGCGCAUGCUGGUCGGUCAAGCUGAGGGCGAGAUCGCUCUGGACACAGAGCCCAUGCCUCUGGAUGCGACGAUUACUACACCGCCGGCACCCAAGAAUACCUUGCGUAUAGAGGCGAUUCGUUCGGCUGUGGCCGCGGGCUCCUUGCCGCAGUCCAUCCUAGACGAAGAGCUUCAGACCCAGCAAGGCAUGGAGGAGAGGACAGAUGCAUCAAAUGACGACGAGCGACAAGGCACGCGCUACAACUAUACCAUUUUCCACUUUAUCUUUGCAUUAGCUGCUUGCUAUGUGGCAAUGCUGCUUACUGACUGGCAGUCGCUGCAUCACGAGUCGACGUCCGCGGAUUCGAUGACGAUGUACAUCGGCACUAGCAAGGUAUCUAUGUGGAUCCGCAUCAUUAGUGCUUGGCUCUGUGCGGCAUUGUAUGGGUGGUCUCUCCUAGCACCUGCUCUACUUCCCGAGCGAUUCAACUAG